AAUCUCAUGCAAGCGGUAAGCCUGGGGCUCGCGCACACACAUACACAACUAUCUUUUCUGCUAUCGUCAAGUGGGGUGAAGGAGAAGGACGGGAAAGGAACUGCAAGGAACGGAGUGUGGAGUUGGAAAUGGGAUGUGAAAUAAGAUGUAGAGAAGAUGUGAAUACCAAUACUUAACUGUUACAUGUACAGCUCUAUCUACCUUUUUGUGACAUCUGCCCAGAGAAUGCCAUAUCUUGAGUCGAGGUCUCGCUGGGCUCGGCAGUGGUAAUGCCAUUGCCCAGAGCAGGGAGCACGGUACGUGCGGUUUUAGCUUUCGCCGAUAAGCUCCUCGCUGCAGAAAGCUGCAAGCUGAACACUUCCGCCGCACCGCCGUCCCGAAAUGUUGGGACGACUGCGCAUGCGCCACCCCUGAACCAAUACAUUCUAGCGACAUAUUGCAUGACCAGAAUGCUCGAACAAAGACCGAGGUUUCCCACAACGAAGCCGUCUACGAGUCUAGGCAGUCUUAUACCUGCAGAUCGUCCGAUGCUGUUUCAUUUCCAGAGCCAUGUCCCACACGAGAGAUGCGCUUUUUCCGCCGAACGCCUCCGGUUAAGUCGAUCUCCCGAGGAUUUGCUUUGGCUCGUCCCCUUGUGGCGUGCCCGCCAGGGCUUGGGCCGCUUGUACCUGCGUCACGACUACACUAUUCUGGGCGGCACGGUAGCAAUCUAGCCGGCUACCAAGAGCCGGUUUAUCUCUAGGACUGCUCUUUUCGAUAUGCUAACGUGCAUGGUGCAGGUGUAGCGCGGGAUGAUGUGGACUAUAGAUUAUAUCGUUAUCUCGGGACUGGGAGUUUCCUCUGACGAGGCUUGCGGUUUUGACGUUUG